AUGACGAGCAUUGACGACCUUUUCAAGAGCUCGGGUCUUCCUAGCAAACGCAAGCUGGACCCCGUCCGCGAUCCAAAUGAGAUCUACAAAUCCGCCAAACUGAACCCCUCCUCAAGCCGCCACGCCCAAGUAGACGACGACGACGACGAGAACGACGUAGAAGCAGGCCCUGCGCCGCCGCCCGAAGACGAUGAAGAUGGAGACUACGGCCCGUCGGCACCACCCGACGACGACAUCCCAGACGACGACGAAGACGGCCGUUUCUUUGGUGGUGGCAUAACACGGCAGGAAGCAGAAGUGCUGGACUUUGUCGAGUCGGCCGACAGCGCUGCCCCUCCUCCGGACGACAAGUUCGACGCGGCAUGGCUGCGGCGCACGGCCCUGGCGCUUGAGAAGAAGAUCAACCGCAACGCCGAGCUGCGCGCCCGCCACGCAGACGACCCGGCCAAGUUCAUCGACAGCGAGGCGGACCUGGACGCGGCCGUGCGCAACCUCGGCAUCCUGGCCGAGCACCCUUCGCUCUACGCCGAGUUCGCGCGCCUCGGCACCGCCGGGUCGCUGACGGGCCUGCUGGCGCACGACAACACGGACAUUGCGCUCGCGGCGGUGCAGAUCGUCGCGGAGCUGACGGGCGACGACGUCGAGGGCGCGACCGAGGACGACUGGGCGGCGCUGGUCGACGCCCUGCUCGAGGCGGACCUGCUGUCGCUGCUCGUGUCGAACCUGGAGCGGCUCGACGAGGCCGGCGACGAGGCCGACCGCGAGGGCGUCUACCGCAUCCUCGAGGUCGUGGAGAACCUGUGCGGCGGCCGGCCCGCGACGGCAGAGACGGUUGGGCGCUGCGACCCCCUGCUCAAGUGGCUCCUGGCCCGGGCCGCCAAGGCCGAGGAGCCCGUAUCGCAGAACAAGCAGUACGCGGCCGAGAUGCUGGCCAUUCUGGCCCAGGCGAGCCCAGCGAACCGCGACAGGCUGGCGCGAGACCUGGACGCGGUCGAGCCGCUGCUGCAGCUGGUGGCGCCGUACCGCGCGCGGGAUCCGGAGCGCGGCGGGGACGAGGAGGAGUUCAUGGAGAACUGCUUCGAGGCGCUGACGUGCAUCGUCGACCGGCCCGAAGGCAAGCAAAAGUUUGUCGAUGCCGAGGGCCACGCCCUGUGCCUGGUGCUGAUCGGCAGCCCGACGGCCAAGAAGGCUCGCACGCCGGCGCUGCGGUUGCUGGAUCAUGCGGUGGCGCAGAGCCGCGAGGCCGGGGUGUGCGAGCUGAUCGUCGAGUACGGUGGGCUCAAGACGUUGUUUACGCUGUUCAUGAAGACCAGCAGCAGCAGCAGCAGCAGUAGCAGUGCCAAGGGCUCGUCCAAGAAGCGCGACCCGAGGGUUGUGGAGCACCUCAUCAGCAUCUUUGCGUGCAUGCUGAGGCUGCUGCCGACGGAGAGCGCGGAGCGGAUCCGGACGCUGGCCAAGUUUGUGGAGAAGGACUACGAAAAGACCGAGAGGCUCGUCCUGCUGCGCCGGGAGUACGCGGGCAGGGUGGCGGCCGUGGACGCGGCCGGCAUGGACGAGCUGGACGAGGACGAGCGUUUCUCUCGCCGGCUGGACGCGGGGCUGUUUGUGCUCCAGAGCAUCGACGUGAUGCUCGCUUGGCUGGUGGCCGAGGACGAUGGGGCAAAGAAAAAGAUCCAGACGCUGCUGGCGGAUAGGGACGAGACUUUGGAGCUGCUGAACAGGAGCUUAAAGGAACAGGCCGAUGCCGUGGAUGUGGAGACGGAGAACGGGAAGGAGAUGCAUGAUAUGCUGACGACACUACGGGAAUUCCUUCAAGAUUAA